UCCAUAUCUCGACUUUACUUACUAUCCUACCCCUCAAAUACCUUUCACAAUGUCCCUCCCCGCCCCCCACCUCUCCAACCUCCUCAUCCCUCCUCCCGAAGGGAACGAAGACCCCACCCAGCUCGCCCUCAUGAUCGCCGGCGAACCCUACCAACAAGCCAACGACAAGUAUAUCGACCGUCUGCGAAGCCGGGGAGCUAUCAAGCUUGAUCAAAUUGUCAAAGUAACGGAUAUGGAUGAGAGAAUGACGUUGUGGAGGGAGUAUGGGAAUGUGGGGGAGGAUGUGUUGGUUGUGCAGCGGUUCUUUUGUAUAUAUGGGUUCAAUGUGCAUUUCAAGGGGGACAACUUUAUUGGAGAAAACUGCACGUUCCUCGAUGUCUGUCCCAUCACCAUAGGUCUCCACUCCAUGGUCGGUCCCGACGUCAAAAUCUACACCGCCGACCACCCUCUCUCCCCCGAAGAACGUUCGGGUCUCUCAGGCAAAGAGUGGGGCAAACCUAUAGUCAUCGAAGACGACUGCUGGAUUGACGGCGGAGCGAUUCUUUUGCCGGGCGUCACUAUAGGGAAGGGCAGUACAAUCGGAGCUGGGUCGGUGGUGACGAGGAGUAUCCCACCGAGGAGUGUGGCGGUGGGGAAUCCGGCGAGGGUGAUCAAGACAAUCUUGGAAGAUGGGACGGUUGUAAAGGUUUGAGCGGUUGGGAUCUUUGCUGGUGGUGUAUGGGGUUUUUUUGAAAGAUGUAAUGCUAUGCACUGGAACGUAAAGUACUAUGCGCGUGCCACUAAUCCAGAAAAGAGCUUCCCAUGGUAUAUACGAGUAGACGAUGAUGGAAUCAGCCCG